AUGGCAGACCAACCCAACCAAUCCCAAGAAAUGCGCAACAUCAACUCCACAGAUCUCCAAAACUUCGUCAGGGAAAUCCUCAUCGCAAACAACACAUCACCGGCACACGCCGAAAUAGUCUCCAAAUGUCUCGUGUCUGCCGAUCUGCGGGGCGUAGAUACACACGGCAGUAACCGGAUUCCCUCCUACAUGGAACGGAUCCGACAAAAUGCCCUUGACCCAACCGCAGUCCCAACAAUCCACCAAGUAACGCCAGCCGUCGCACAAGUCGACGCGCACAAUGGGUUCGGUUUUGUGGCUGCACACGAAGGAAUGAGUCUCGCUAUUUCGAUGGCUCAGACCUUCGGCAUCGGGAUGGUCUCCGUCAAGCACUCAAAUCACUUCGGCAUGUCUGCGUGGUUGGUGCAGCAGGCGCUGGAGGCUGAUAUGAUGUCCCUUGUUUUUACAAAUAGCUCCCCUGCGCUGCCGGUCUGGGGUGGCAAGGAGAAGUUGAUGGGUGUGUCGCCGAUUGCGUGUGGAGCGCCUGCUGGAGAGGGAAGGCCGUUUAUCUUGGAUAUGGCGCCUUCCAUUGCGGCUCGCGGGAAGAUCUAUAAGGCGCUUCGGCGCGGAGAGAAGAUUCCGACGGAUUGGGCGCUUGAUAAAGACGGGGCGCGGACGGAUGAUCCGGCCGAGGCCUUGCAAGGUGUGAUGCUGCCUAUGGGUGGACCGAAGGGCUCUGCGCUGUCUAUUAUGAUGGAUGUUUUCUCCGGUGUGCUUUCUGGGUCUGCUUUUGCCGGGCAUGUCACCAACCCAUAUGAUCCGUCAAAGCCAGCUAAUGUGGGGCAUUUUUUGGUGGCUAUUAAGCCGGAUUUGUUUAUGACUAUCGAGGAGUUCAAGGGGAGGAUGGAUUAUCUGUAUCAGCGGGUUAUUGAUUCAGAGAAGAUGGCCGGGGUGGAUCGAAUCUACUUUCCUGGAGAACUCGAGAUGAUGACUGAGGAGAAGCGAUUGGCAGAGGGCAUUCCUUUUGCCGCAGCUGAAGUCGAGAGCUUGAAUCGAGAGGCUGACCUGGUAAAGGUCAAGCAUUUGAAACUACAGACUACUCUCGGAUAA